ACGCGGGGUUAGUAAAAGUUGGGAUAGGAGCUCCGGAGAGAGAGAGAGAUAGAGAAACAGACAGGAGGAGAGAUAACGUUAGAGAGAAAGAGGGAACAGGACAAUUAAACGGGCACUUCAUCGGCCUUAUAGCGAACAUUAAACACUGGCAGAGAAAGCACUUAUUAUUUGAUGUUGACUAGGUCGGGAGAUAGAGACAAAUAGUGAGAGUCGGAGACACAGUGGGGGCAGGCGACUUUCUCUGAAGUUGAAGCCAGAUUUGCGUCAGUGAACUGUCAGAGGAAGAGGAGCCAACAACGACCUGUAAUUUGGAUUUGUCAAACGAGGGCAAAACACGAGUUCGUACAUGGCCAAAAGCUCACGAGUUAACGAUAAAUGAACAAAAGUUGAAGUUCGGCGUCGUGGCAGUCGGUAAAUGUUGUGACAUUUUAGGAGAGCAUAAAUUGCUCCAGCGGUCGACAGUCGAGUGGCGGGGUAAAACCCGAGCUGUCAAACCCGAUGACUACUGCAAACUGCCCCGGGAAUGAGGAGCUGGACUUCAGACUGAUAUUCGGAGACGACGGGCAGCAGCACCCGUUAGGCCCCGCAGAUCUGGAGCCUGAUGAUAACACAUCGUUCUACAUCCUAAAUGUGGGCCAGCCCCAGUCUAUGGUCACCAACCACCAGUCUAUUGGCCUGCCUCGCCAUGGCAUGCAGUCCCACUCCCAGGUCAUUAGCACUUCCCCACGCUUUCAGUCACACAAACCAGGAUCUCAGCCUCCAUGCUAUGAGGCUCAUGACUCCAAGUACGGCACCUCCCCCCUGCUGCCCUCCGCUCCUGUGGAGGCACCGAAGGCCUUUGAGUGCCCCAGUAUCCAGAUCACCUCUAUCUCUCCUAGCUGCCAGCAGGAGAUGGAUGCCAAUGAAGAGGAUCUGAGGGCCAAUGGCCCUGAUGGGGACUAUCACGGUGAUAGGCCCCUAUCAAGAGACCACCUGUAUUUGCCCCUGGACCACUCAUACCGGGACACUUCGCUCAGCCCUAGCCCAUGCAGCAGCCUCUCCUCUAGGAGCUGGUUCUCUGAUGCCUCCUCCUGUGAAUCAUUCUCACACGUCUAUGACGAUGUUGACUCAGAGCUAAAUGAAGCGGCUGCCCGGUUCACCCUGGGUUCCCCGCUUACUUCCCCAGGCUGUGUGUCACCUCAAACCGGUGGUGGAGCUUUGGAGGAGCAGCCCCACUGGCAGCACCACCACCCUGCCUUUGUGCAACACUCCCACUCCAUCAAUCUGUCACCCCGACAGUCCCCCUGCCACUCGCCACGCACCAGUGUCACUGAUGAAAAUUGGCUUAGCCCCCGGCCACCUUCCAGGCCCUCCUCACGUCCGACCUCACCCUGUGGGAAGAGGCGCCACUCUAGCGCCGACAUCUGCUACGCCGGCUCAUUGUCGCCUCAUCACUCGCCCACACCCACGCCAGGACCCUCGCCUAGGGGAAGCGUGACAGAGGACACCUGGGUUGGCAGUCCUUCUGUAGGCAUGUCACCCUUCCAGUGCUGCCCGUCUGAGGCAGACAUCCCAUCCAAGACAAGGAAGACCUCACAGGACAGAACAGCUAUGCAGACAGGGAAAGGGGAGCUGGGGCUAGAUGACCAAGGAAAUAUGUCUCCUAAUCUAGACUCUCCUUCAGACGAGGCCCUGCACAGCCUGAAGAAGGAUGGGCCAGGGGAACAGUUCCUCUCAGUGCCCUCUCACUUCUCAUGGAAUAAACCCAAGCCUGGUCAUACACCUAUAUUCAGGACCUCCUCACUGCCUCCUCUAGAUUGGCCACUGCCAAGCCAGUUUGGCCAGUAUGAACUGAAGAUAGAGGUGCAACCCAAAGCCCACCACCGAGCGCACUAUGAGACUGAGGGCAGCCGAGGAGCCGUCAAAGCAGCCUCUGGUGGCCACCCAGUCGUCAAGCUCAUUGGCUACAGUGAGAAGCCCGUCAACCUGCAGAUGUUCAUCGGAACAGCAGACGACCGUUACUUGAGGCCGCACGCCUUCUACCAGGUGCACCGGAUCACCGGGAAAACCGUAGCUACAGCCAGCCAAGAAAUUGUAGUCUCCAGCACCAAAGUUCUCGAAAUUCCUCUCCUGCCCGAAAACAACAUGACAGCCAGUAUCGACUGUGCUGGCAUCCUUAAGCUGCGGAACUCAGACAUUGAGCUGCGGAAGGGGGAGACGGAUAUAGGAAGAAAGAACACACGGGUCCGUGUGGUGUUCCGAGUGCACAUCCCUCAACCCAACGGGAAGGUGCUGUCGCUGCAGGCUGCCUCUAUUCCUGUGGAAUGCUCCCAGCGUUCAGCUCAAGAGCUGCCACAGGUUGAGAAAUCCAGCCUGACCAGCUGUCUGGUCAGCGGGGGAGAAGAGAUGGUCAUCACCGGCUCCAACUUCUUCCCUGAGUCCAAGGUCAUCUUCCUGGAGAAAGGCCCUGAUGGACGGCCGCAGUGGGAAGUUGAGGCAAAAAUAAUCCGUGAGAAAUCUCAAGGAUCGUGCAUCAUAGUGGAGGUCCCUCCCUACCACAGUAAGACUGUGGGCUCAGCUGUGCAGGUGCAGUUUUAUGUCUGCAAUGGCAAGCGGAAAAGGAGCCAAUCGCAACGCUUCACUUACCUUUCAGUCAUGGUGAAACAGGAGCACAGAGAUGAGUUGGACCUUCCUGCAGUACCCCCUAUGUCCAUGCCCCUGGCACAUGCUGCCACUCUGGUGUGCACCCAGCUGCCUUCUCCUGAGCAGGGCCACCCAUCGGACAACCUUCUGUCCAGCUCCCCUCACGCCCUGGCCACGGGCUCCGGACCUGGCCUGCUACCCCUGCAGGCCCCUUGCCCCUCCCUGGGCUCCCCGUCUUUCCAGCACCUGCCUCACCUUCAUGGUCGCAGUUUGCACCACCCCCCUGCAGACUGCCACAUGACGUUCCACCCGAGCUCUGCCCCUGCUCCUCCCCGGCCCUCCUACCAGCCCAUGCAGCAUAGCCACAGUCACGGUCAUAGCCUGCCCUUCAACGGCCAGCCCAGUCUUCCUCCUCAGGGCUACGAGAGGAUGCCCUUUCAGCACAGCCCCAGUGCAGCGUCACACCCAAUGGGCAUGGGAAUGGUGUACCCCUCCUCCCCUUGUUCCUCCCCAUCAGCUCCUUCCUCUUCAACCACCAACCCCAUUGCUGGGUCUCCCCAGAGCCAGCAACCCCUGCUCACCCCCUCAUCCCCACACCUCCACACACUUGGAGGCUAUCACUGUUCCCCAAAUCCCACCCAGGUGCCCUCUCCUGGUGGCCACCCCCUUGUGGGACAGCACUCCUCCCAACUGCAGAGGGCUAUGGGCUACCAUCCGGUAGGUCAAAGGUCAGCCUCCUGCCCCACACCGUCCAGUGCCCCUCCUCCACGGAUGAUCCCCUCUCCGCACUCUGGGCCUUCCUCCCCUCAGCUCCACUCGCUGCCCUACCAGUCUCCCACCUCAUCCUCCCCCACCUCUGGUGGCAGUCCUCUGGGGCCCCUGCAACAGCAGCCGCAUUCAGGACAGCCUUCUCCCCAGGCUACAAGCCCAGUCAUGGCUAGCCUGUCCCCGGCUGCAGCAGGGCCUCUGGUUCACCCUCUAAGCCCGCAGGGGCCCUUUCCCUCAGACGGGGAGAGGCUAAACAUCAAGCAGGAGCCAGAGGACAAGGAGCCUACCUUCCGCUCCAUCGGCCUGCAGGACAUCACGCUGGAUGAUGUGAAUGAAAUCAUCGGCAGAGACAUGUCCCAGUCCCCCAGCACUCAUGGUCCUCCAUCAGCACACAGCCAGUCAUAGUUCAGUCCACGCUCAGGCCCUGACGCAGCCUUUUGGGUGAACCUUCCCCUCCGGUUCUAAACCCUGCAACCCUACAGCUCCAACACUGACCCCGGACCCUGCUCCGGGUCUAGGUGCUGGCUCUGUCUGUGAUGGGAAUAAGAGGGCAGAAAGAGAUAAGAAAGACUGUAGUCAAAGACAGAAUACGGUUGGAGAUUCUGUAAAAGCCUCAUGGACCUGCGAGACCACCAGCCACCACCAGAGAUACAGAACUCACAACUUCAGAUUAAACAGGGAGGUGAGUGCGGGAAUGUAGCCACGUCGAGUUACACCGAGGUUGAAAUAGUUGGAGAAUAAUGAGGAUUAAUGAGAUGUGACCCGUCCCCGUUCACUCUGCGUGUGCCGGACCUUUCAAAGCACCGCUGUCUUCCUGACCAAUCAGCUGUCUGUGAGUUAGAAGCACUCACUUUUUCAAAUAACUUUCUGUAGCGGAGACAAUACAACAGCGUGUGUUGUUGCCCCCCUCUCACCAGCAUUGACCUUCAUGAAUGAAGACGUCUUGAGACAAAUAAGAAUAAGAGAGACUCAGGAGUGCACAGUGCUCUCACAGGAAGCCAGAGCUCAGAUUUUAAAGAGUUUCUCAGGCAACAUUUUUAUAAACAUCAGGAUACUAACACUCCCAUGAAGCUACUAAACAUUCUGCGUUUGCCUGAGCAAGCAUCAGCAAAAGUGUGGCCUGAUGUGAGAUGAUGUGGCCGUGAAAUCAGAUUACCAAAUUCUAAUCAAACCAGCCUGAGUGAUCAGAAUUUGAAUUAUCAGUAAAAAUCUUCCCAAAUAAAUUAUUAUUAGAAUAUCCGUCUGAACUUUCUGUCAUGCUAAGUAAGUAAAACGGUCCCAGUUUUUUCGCUCAUGGCUCAGUGAUGACGACGCUUUCCACUCCUUGUUUUUCUCCCCUGUAAGUGAUAAAACCAUUCAGGUCUGGAGUGCAGGGCCCCAGCAGGGAGGACGAGCUCCUCUAGCGCUGGUCUGGGAUCUGCAACCUGCAACAUUCCAUAACGUUUAGUAACCUUGCAGCCGUGUAGAUAUCUGUACAUGACACCACCCCCUUCUGUUUCUCUAUCGUCUUCUUGUUGAACAAAUGCCUUAUUACUAGUUAGCAGCUUUGAAUGGUAGCGAAAGCUUUCUUGUUGUUGUUUUGCACAGCUGAGUUUGACUAAUUUUUUUUUCCGGAAACAGAUGUGCGACCUGGGUCAUGUGGGUAUGAUUUCAUGAAUCCUGAUGAUUGGUGAGGGGUGUCAGGACUGAGCUAACCCUCUUGAUCAUUUUCAUUCAAAGAUAUUUGAAGAUGCCCGUUAUUUCCACGUUACAGAAAAGUGUUUUUAUGAAUCCGCAGAGACAGACAUCUCUGCGUCUGAAAUUUAUUUUCAUGCAAUAACUCCCCAAAUCCCCCAGGGGCCCUUGUGUGCCUUCUAAUUCCUAACAGUCACCAUACCCGUGAUGGCGUGACAGCCUAGGCGACAUAUAAUGGGAAAAUAAUCUGCCGAAAGUUUUGAAAAUAUUUUAUACGUGAAGAUGUCAAAAUAUUGCAUUUAUGUACAUCUGUAAUGAAUAAGGUAAAAUUCCAAAGUCUACAGAACAACAAUCAGUGUUUGCAAAUCAAAGACUUGUCCUUAAUUGUCUCCAGAAUGGUGUCUGUUCUCGAAGAUGUCUUCAUUAAUAUUUCCUACUCUGACAGACAUGCAGUGCCUGUACGGCAGCAAUAACUCGGUCUGGAGGAAAGAGUGUUUUUCAGGCAGGUUUCUAGUCAGAUGUAAGAUGGAUCAGACAGACCGAUUCUGGUGUGAAGAUUUCCAUUUUUUUUUUUUUUUUGCCUUAAGCUUGACAAUGAUGCUCCUGCAUGUGAGAGCUGAGGAGUGUUGCUUAUGACGGUUUGAAAUCAGUUUCCAGGUGAAAAUGAUUCUGCUAUGCAUUAAAAUUCUGCCUGAUGCCUUUAAAAAUGAGAGGAGAAAAAAAAGACAAAAAAAGACCUUGAUGCCUAUAGAAGUAGACUGUAGACUUGUUGUAGAUGCUUGAUUGAUUCUGUUAGCAUCCUGGUGUUGUUCAUCAGCCAAUCUGCCUUGUCAAGGACGCAGUGCAAGCAUCUUAAUAGGUUCAGUUGUGUGUGAGUGUGUGAGUGUGUGGAUGGAUGGUUGGUGUUUGUACCCAAUAUGCUGUACAGAAGACAGGAAUUUUAAGAGUCCUAUUUUCAACAACAGAAGCACACACGUAUUUAGGCUAUGCAAACUAUAACAGCAGCAAAUGUGAGAUAUGACAUUAAAAUGAAAAAUGAGAUUAUAAACUAUUUGUAAUAAUGUUGCUUAUGAACUUCACAGAGCGGAAAGAAAAAAAACACAUUCAGAUAGUGAGAGUAUCAUGUCACUAUGUAAAAUAUUAGGAUGCCUUAACUCUUGUUUGGAAACCAGUUUGUCAGUGUGUCUGUAUGCUGUUCUGGGUUGAUUUUUUUUUUCCACGACUAAGACACAAGUCAGUAACUAUUAUUACUUUUUGUUUGUUUUUUCGGAGCAGGGUGGACAUUUAGGGGUUGGGUGGGAGAAGGGAGAUGGCUUUUUUUUUUGAUGUAAAGCUGGUCCUGCAGCUCGAAAGACUUGAGUCAACAAAAAACGAAACAAAACCAGCAUUGACAGUAAACUCUGGCUGCCGUCCUCUUCUGUCACAACCAAAGACCGAACAAGAUGUUCCCAUUUUACAUUAUGGUAAAGCAACUGAGACUGUACAACUCUAUUUUUGAUACUUUGAAAUGGAUGUCAUUCCUAAAAGGUUGGGGACAUGUAUGAGUGUUAAAUAUAUACAUAUAUAUUUAUAUAUAUAUGUAUAUAUACACACACAUAUAUGUAUACAUAUACAUAUAUAUACAUAUAUAUAUGUUUUGUAAAAUAAAAGGGAAAUACAGGUUUAGCUGAUGUUUACCAAGCCUUGUAUUGUCAUUUCUUGUAUAUUUUGUAUGUUAAUUUUUUUGUAAUUUUUAAGACUGCAGUGCUUUUUGAAAUUAUUCAAAGGGAAUACCUUGCAUCAUACUGUAGGCUCUAAAGUAGUGUAUAUCAAUAAAACAGAAAACUCA